GAGAGCGCCACUCGUUGCUUGUAUCUUUUGCGUGAGCUUGACAUUUCGCAAGCGUGCUCCCUUAGUUGGAACUGAGUGUUACAAAUCCCACGUGUUUUCGGUUCUCGAAGUUUUCAGGGGCUCUCAGACUCAACAUCGAUCUACUUUGCAAGUUAUUAAAGUCAAUGUGGCAUCACUUUUGAAUAGAGUUUGAAGAAGAAUAGUAUGUUGUCCUGAAGGAUUUCGUCAUGUUGUUGUGAACUUAAUUUAUUGGACGAAAGUCAGCGUGAGCUGAAGAUGUAAACAAGUCUAUCGCCUCCAUCGAUACAGAUUAUUGAUUAAUCUGUUUCCCUGUUCAAAACAGUUUUAUUUUUACAUUUCGAAAGACUGAAGGGUGCAGACAAAAAUCGUUUGGACUUAGCUUUCAUCUUGCACGGAGAAAGGAUCUGAAACUUUUGUUGAUUAAAAACACAUCUAUGAGUUUGCCCAUGACUUUCACAUCAGUUGUUGCUUAUCAAACUUUGAUCCAAGCAUUUCCAUCCAUCAGUCAAGCUUUUGACUUUUUCGCUUGCAAAAACUUAUGAGUUUGUCAACAAGAGUGUAGCUGAGUGCAUCAAGAAAAAUUCCAGAUCACCUGUUGCUCUUCAAACAUUUUUUCCGAGCGUUCCCACCCACCAGCCAACCUGGUUCCAUAUCAGAAAAUCGCCUCGCGCGACGCUGUGUCCCCCGAGUCAUCGUAUGUCCAGCACAUGGUGAGUGGCGGCGUACACUUCGGGGGCAUGCCGGUCAUCUCGCCCGGGGGCUAUGAGACCCCUCCGCCCCCGAGCAACUGCGCAGGUUGUGGAUACCAGAUAAAAGAACGCUAUUAUCUGAAUGCAGCCGACAGACAAUGGCAUGUCGCUUGUCUCAAAUGCUACCGUUGUAAUGCCCGGCUGGAUCAGGCCAUGAGCUGCUACUACAGGGAUGGUCACAUUUAUUGCAAAGAUGAUUACUUCAGACUGGUGGCCGUGAAGAGAUGUUCCCGCUGCCAGAACGGCAUUUACGCCUCGGAGCUUGUGAUGCGGGUCCCCCCUGGCCUCGUCUUCCACCUGCACUGCUUCACGUGCGCUUGGUGCAACACGGCCCUGACGCAGGGCGACUACUUCGGGCUGCGAGACACCCUCGUCUACUGCAAGCCGCACUACGAGAUGCUCGUUCGGGAUCACUACGCGCCGUCCCCGCAUCAUCCUCUUCAGCAUCCCGAUGCCAUGGAGCCCGGAGGGUACGGCCCCUACGCCGUUGAGCCGCCCACCGGCAGGAAGGGCCGCCCCAGGAAGAAGAAGAAUGCCGAUCCCGACGCCCUGGUCCGGCAUGGUGCAGGACUGUCUCCUAUGGACCCGACUGGAAUCAAUAUUCAUCUAAAUCCUAUGGAUGGCUCCAACAACUCUCCCACCACGCCGCCUCUCAAUGGUACCUCUGGAACACAGAGAACAAAACGCAUGCGCACUUCCUUCAAGCAUCACCAACUAAGAACCAUGAAAUCAUACUUUGCUAUCAACCAGAACCCCGACGCAAAGGACCUCAAACAGCUUUCAUUGAAAACGGGUCUUAACAAAAGGGUGCUACAGGUCUGGUUCCAGAAUGCGCGGGCAAAAUGGCGGAGAAACAACAACAAACAAGAACCCGGUCAACCGGGCAUGAUCAGUAACGAGCAAUCACCGAACUCCCAGAUGCAGCAGAUUGGACUUAUGAGCAGUGGUCUGUGCAGUCCGGGUGCAACUAGUUCCUAUUCGGAACCGAGCCCUGUACACUCGAUUGGUGGUGUCCAGUCGGAUGGAUCCAUAUCCACGCAAGUCGGGCCAGGACAAUCUAUGGACUUUGACAGCAGCAAUCCGCUGACGCCGCUGGUCAACCAUCAUGGACACAAUCCUAAUUCAGUCCAUAAUGGAGAGUCAGUGCUACAUUUAACGACGUCCUUCCAGGAUAUGUUUUAAGUUGGUGACAAUCAGCGUAGGACAUUAUUCAUGCUCAACAGCAGAUUUCAUCUCAUGGCCUGAACUAUGCACAAUUAUUAUUUGCAAAAAAGAUUGAUAGAUGUAGUUGAAGCAAUGACUUUGUGACAAAUGAUAUCAAGAUAGCCUCGGUAAAUGAAAAAAAAAUUACAGUGAUAAUUGAAAGCAUUGUUUGGUUUGCUUGGAGAUGCAGAGACGUGCCCUCAUGUUUUUAAAUUUCAGGUGAAAUCUUGGAACUGUGAACAGAUUUCGUCUAAGUACCUCGCAAAUAAUAUAAGGAAUUUUAAAAACAUUCUUUCAAGUGAGAAAUAUCAUCUUUGCGAAUAGAUCACGGAUACAAUUCUUACAUUUAUUUUAUUUAAACUUUUUCCAGUUGCGUUGAGAAAAAUUAUACUAUGAGACAACUGUGUGCCAUAUAAGCGAAAGCAGAUAAAAUGUGUACACAUAUAUUUCUGGUUCUCUGAUUUUUUUUUUUUUUUUGAAAAUAUUAGCUGAUAAAAAAAAUGAAAAAAAAGUUAUAUAAAUAAAAAAAAUUCCAAAAAUAAUCAAAAGAAGAAUAAAAUAUGAAACUAAAUCAAAAGAAAUGAACUGAUGAUAUUCCAAUACAAACAAUUUCAGAAACGAUAUUUUAUCAGCAGACGAUUUUUUUCAAAAUUCAGAUUUUUAUUGAUAAUUAUUAUUCAUAAAUUUAUUUUGUGUCGAAUUGACUGAACUAUUCUAUGGAUUUUAAAACAUCCGGGUUUUUUUUUUAUUUAUUAUUAUUUAAAAGAUAAUAUUGUAAUAGCACAAAGAUAUAUAUGCAAUUACUAAUUUCAUAUAUAAUAUUACAUAAGUAACUGUAAUUAUGUCCAGUCGAUUCGUGUACGUCCGGAAGAAAAGAGCAUGGGUUUGAAUUUAGUAGCGUUUAAGGAUGACGUUAUUUUUUAUACUGCAGAGCAAAAUAAAAAAUAAAGAAAGAAAUUCAACUAAUUGCGAUUUUUCAAAUAUAAUUAAAAAAAAAUUUUUUUUAGACCAAAUAUGCUACAAUGCGCAUUACUAUAUCGCAGUGCGAAUGUUUUUUUUUCCUUCUAAUUUUCUUUCUUAUUUAUCAAGGAUGGGAACUAUUUCCCUUCAAGAAGUCCAUAAUUCAUUGAUUCUCUUAUUUGGAUAACAUUUUGAAUUAUUUGAAAGCUAGUUUUGAGGUUUUAAAUUCUUUAGAAAUAGCAUAAACACACAAAACAGAUCUAUUAUACAUGAUAUUUAUUUUAAAACAUUUAUAUAAUUUAUCAAAAAAUUGUUUUGUUAUUGUUCCUUUAUUUUUGCCAAUAUUAAAAUCGAUUUGUUUUUGAAAGUAUAUUUGGAGAGAGUAAAACUGAUUAAUACAACUUACAGUAUUGCAAUAUAAUUCAAAUUGUGAAUGAAAACCAAUAAAAACAAUGCCAAUUAUGAAAUGGUAACUAUGAAAGAUUUUACGUAAAAUCAUAAGGCAUAGACUAUUCUCAUGCAUAUGAUAUCAUCUGUUUUAUGUUGCUUUUGUUUUGAAAUAUUUAUUUCGAACAAAAAAUUUUAUUUCUACUACUACUGAUGAAAGACUGUGUUUACGUAGUGACAGAAUGAAGUGUUUACAAGAACUAAUUCCAUUUUUUAAAAAUUAUUUUGUUGGCAUUGAUUUUACCAUCGCAUUCUGUUUGUAUUUGUUUAGUCGAAGCAUUGUUUUUGUUGCACUGCACAUCAUGGAUUCGGCUAUUUCGCUGUGAGUCGAUUUUGCAUCACAUGUGAAUAUGCAUUUGUGAGGGUUGAGAAAUUGUGACUUUUUUCAUAACUAAUUACUCUGUCCAUAAUCAGGCCUUUCAUCAUAUUGUACAGUUCAACGACCUGAAUCACGAAGACGAAUAAAAAUUGAAUUGUA